AUGUCUGACGGAAAUUUUCACUAUGAGCAAAAGCUCUUAGAGAACGAGCUUGUCGCUGUCGAACCGUUUGAUCCAUCAGAACACGUUGCGCCAUGCAUGGAAGUCAUCAAAGCAAGCCCCGAAGUCUUCACAUACAUCGCGUUUCCCGAUGUGCAGACAGGCGAGGACCUCUUGACAAAGUUCUGCAAUCCAAUCAGCGCCAUGCCUUCGGCUUGUUUGUUUAUGGUCAUAGACAAGAAGGCAUCAGAAGGUCGUGGCCAUCGGGACCCGCAAGGCAGAGGUGAGUAUGCGGGCAUCCUUCUCCUGACCGCCACCGAUACCGUGAACGCGGUCACCGAGGUGGGCAUCCUCAUCUUCCCAGCAUUUCAACGCUCCCACGUGACGGCCAACGCGAUCGGCCUCUUGCUCUGUUACACCCUCGACCCGCCCUCUGCCGGAGGACUGGGCCUUCGGCGCGUUGAGUGGAAGUGCCACGCUGGGCAUGAAAAGUCACGAAAGACUGCGUUGAAGAUGGGGUUCGAGUUCGAAGGUGUUGCCAGGUGGGCACGUGUCUGGGAAGGCGCUCAAGGACUGCCUGUAGAGAAGCUCGAAAGGCGAAAUGGCACAAUAGGAGAGAUUCCAGGGCGACACACGGCCUCGUACUCUAUCGUGUGGGAUGAGUGGGAUGCGAAACGACCCUUGGUAAUCGAGCAGAUGCAACGCAAGUGUUAG